GAGAGGCUUUUCUGUGGGAACCUGGGAGGUAGGACAGGCUCGCGAGGGAGAGGAGCUGACUCAGCCCUGGGGAAUCCAACGUUAAGAAGUGCCCAGGUCUACCCAAGUGUUGGCUGCCAUGGCUCAGCUCACUGCCACGCCGAGAAGUGCACUAGCCGACACACCUGUGUCGAUUUCCGCCUCGGGCCUGGCCCCCUCCCAGCCUGUCACCCUGCAGGCAUUGCUGACUGAUGAAAAAGGGGUGAAGUUUGAGGCAGUCGCCUUCUACCAGGCAAACGAGGCCGGGGUCGUGGAUCUGGAGCAGGCAUCUGCCCUGGGAGGCAACUACGUAGGGGUGUGGCCCAUGGGCCUCUUCUGCACCCUGAAGCCGGAGAAGAUGUUCCACAGGCUGCUGAAACGCGACGUGAUAAACAGCCCCUUCCAUGUCCAGAUCAACCUGUUCAGCUCCUUUGAGUUGAACCCACCGCCUGCGAUGGCACCAGUGGCCACUUGCACUGUGGAGAGGUGGUACGCAGCUCCUGGAAUUGAGCGUUUCCCCAUCAAGACGGGGCGGGUCCGGGGGACCCUUUUCUUGCCUGCAGGGCCUGGGCCAUUUCCAGGAGUGAUUGACAUGUUUGGUGGGGCUGGAGGCCUCUUUGAGUUCCGAGCAAGCCUACUUGCUAGCAGGGGCUUUGCUGUUCUGGCGCUGGCUCUCUUUGCAUAUGAGGACCUGCCUAAGAACCUGACAGAAGUGGACCUGGAAUAUUAUGAGGAGGCGUGCAAACUGCUCUUACAACACCCUAAGGUAAGAGGGCCAGGACUCGGAGUCAUCGGGUUAUCCAAAGGGUCAGAAAUAGCACUGGCCAUGUAUACCUUCUUAGAGCAAAUUGUGGCUGCCGUGUGCAUCAAUGGUACCACAGCAGUGAUAGGUGCACCAGUCCGCUUUCGUGACAUCCACAUCCCUGCUGCUCCCUACACAAUGGAGAAAGUUCGCAUCAAUGACAUAGGUGUGAUGUCUACUCUCCCUAUCUUUCAAGAUCUUGAGGAUAAAUAUCAAACCUCUGUCAUCCCUCUGGAGAAGGCCCAGGGUCACGUGCUCUUUGUGGUGGGAGAAGAUGACCACAGCAUAAACAGCAAGUCGCUUGCCGAGAGAGCCAUAGCCAGAGCAAAGCAGCAUGGGAAAAAUAACUGUGCCUUGCUCUCAUACCCAGGGGCUGGUCACCUAAUACAAACCCCAGGAAUCCCCUUUUGCUACAUCUCCACAAUCAGGGGCAAACCUACAGCAUGGGGAGGUGAAGCAAAGGCCCAUGCCAAAGCCCAGGAGCACUCCUGGAUGGAGAUUCAGAAAUUCUUUGAGCUUCAUCUUGGCCCAGCUGGAAAUCGCAGUUUGUGAUGUUGGAAGAAAAGAUGCCUGUUCUGCCUUCCUAUCUUCUAAAGCUGAUCGAAGAUAUCAAGCCACAGACAAGAGAAAGCCUGAGUAAGAAUAUCCUUGUGAUAUGGUCUACUAUAUUUAGUCAUUAGAAAUAGAACAUUAAGGGUUAAUAGUUUGCAUUAAGAGUUAGACACCGUUGAAGGACACCAGAGAAUGCAUAAGCGGACACUAACCAGUCUUUGUUCCUAAAAGGUCGAGUGGUGCCUGUUUAUACAAUUAUUCAUGGAGAAAAUGGUGGCUGUAAUUUUAUCUUUCUUUUGCUCUAUUUUAUUUUCUUAUAUUCUAGACUGUCUAUUUGGAGGGGAAUUUCAACUCAGGCUAGGCCAGUUCAGACAGCAUAGCAUGAAAACUAAAGCUGGCCACUGAUAUAACACACAAAAAUGAUCAGUCUUAUUCAAGAUGAUGUAUUAGAAUAAUUAAGCUACAUGCUUAUGAUUUUGCUGUUAAUUCUUUAUUUCCUUUCAAACUAGCUGUGUUGUCACUUUUAAGUGCAUUUCCAUUUAAAUUAA